AUGGCACCCGAGUAUGCAAUGCAUGGUUAUUUGCCGGAAAAAGUAGAUGUUUACAGUUUCGGAAUUGUUGCUCUAGAAAUUGUACAUGUUUUGAGAGAAAAUAAAACUCUUGCAAAUCUGGUAGAUCGAAAGUUAGGACUAGAUUUCAAGCCAGACGAGGUGAUGGUGAUGACCACCAAUAUAGCUCUGAUUUGCACCAAUGUCACGGCUACUGCCAGACCAACCAUGUCUUCAGUUGUAAGCAUGCUCGAGGACAUAAUAAUUCCUCAAGAGUUGCUAAAGGACUUGGACUCGAUUGCCAUAACUCGUAAACUGAAGAUGAUGAAUCAACAGAAACAAACGGAUGUGAAUACAGAGGAACUUACUGUUAAAUAUACAGAUAGUGGAAGACUUCUUACACAUGGCUCCCAAAUUGAGCUACCAAAAUAA